GCGCCCAUCAAAAGUGUGUUGUUUACAUACAGAACGGACGGGCGCAGAACGAUCCAAUCCACACCCGGGCAGGAUGAAUAACUUUACCGGCUUUUCCGAUCUGUGUAUUCCAGCGACCCGAACAGAGGACCUUAAACCAAUCAUUCAGGAAGCGAUAGAGUUAGGAUAUAGCAAUGUGGCGAUCGAGCAAGUAGUGGAUGUUACCAAGAGUGCCGUAAACAAUCAGGACGUUGUUCCGAAGCCGUUUUGCCUCAAGGAACUAAAGGCCGCAUUCGGCGGACAGAUUCGUCUGCUCAACCGGUUGACCGUCGUGUUCGGCGAUGCGACCGUUUCGCUGCUACUGAAUCGAUCGAACAAUAUUCGCUGCUACAACCUGAUUGCUGCACUGCCCAUCUCGGACACCAGCUAUCAGUACGCCUGCCAAACGAUGACAUGUGAUAUUAUAACGUACAACCAGGCAUCGAUUCACCUGCGCACGACCCGCAACUUUUACUACCUCGCGGUCGAUCGGAACAUCGCGUUCGAGAUAAAGUACAGUCCGGCCAUUGUAACGCCGGCGGAUCGGAAGCAAACUAUCACCCGCGCCCACCGGUACCAUAUGACGGGCAAGUCGCGGAACGUAAUCAUCUCCAGCGGCGCUACCAAUCCGUUCCAGCUGAGAAGUCCGUACGAUAUAGCAAAUCUGGGACUGAUUUUUGGGCUGACGGAAGAGAAGUCAAAGGAAGCGAUCCGCGGUGUCCCGAACCGGACACUGCUGUCGGCCGAGGGCCGCAGAUUAGGCAAGGCGGGUGUGGUGAUUGCGCGCCGCGAACCUAACCGUGACGAUAGUGAUGAUUAUUCUGACUCCGAGCUGGAAGAAGACAUCAGCGACGAUGAGAACGGCGACGCGGAACACGAGAAGGAUGUCAACAUGGACGAUCACGAUGAAACGGACGAGGAUGUCGAUGCGGAUGCUGAAACCAAGCGUCCACCGAAAAAGAUGGCUAAACAUUAAGAAAAAAAAAGGGAAAUAAAUGAAAUAACACGCGGAAUGCACACA